UAUUUAUUUAUGUGUAUGUGCAACUGUGUUUCCAAAAAUUGUGUCUAAAAGAGUUGUGUAAAAUAAAAUUGUUGUUGUUGGUGUGAUCAUAAUCAAUUGCACAAUAAUAGUGUUCUAAAUCUUUUUGAGCAAAUUCUUCUGUGUAAAUUUGGUUGCCUUCAAUAGUUCAAGUUCGUCUCACUUCGCACCGAUUCUUCCUUGCCCGAUAAAUGCGUCCGCUACAAAAUUUUUCCAGCUUUCUGCUGCUGAUCUUUAUCAUAAUAAUAUGUCUGAAAAUUUACCACAGUCACGCUCAAUUCGAUAUCGAAACCGAUCCAGAUGAUGAGGAGGAUGAAAGUGUUGAGGAUGAAACGCCUGAAGAGAAGGCGGCGCGUAAGAGCAUUCAAGAGGACUCCAAUCUAACUGUGGAUAAAUUAAUUGCUAAAUAUGGCUAUCCGGCGGAAGUGCAUCAUGUCACCACCGAAGAUGGUUACAUACUGACCAUGCAUCGCAUCCGACGACAAGGAGCUCAGCCAUUCUUCUUGCAACACGGACUCGUCGACAGCUCGGCCGGUUAUGUUAUAAUGGGACCAAAUAUCAGUCUGGCUUAUCUUCUUUCCGAUUAUAAAUACGACGUGUGGCUCGGCAACGCUCGUGGCAAUCGGUAUUCACGCAAUCAUACGAAGCUCGAUCCAGACGGAAAAAAGUUUUGGGACUUCAGUUGGCAUGAGAUAGGAAUGUAUGAUCUCCCGGCGAUGAUCGAUUAUGUACUCAAGACUACGGGUUUCAAAAAAAUUCAAUAUGCGGGUCACUCUCAGGGUUGUACGGCCUUCUUCGUUAUGUGCUCUCGACGGCCAGAAUACAAUAAGAAGGUCAUCAUGAUGCAAGCGAUGGCACCAGCUGUUUAUGCCACAGAGACAGAGGAGCAUCCAUACAUUCGAGCUAUCAGCUUAUAUUUCCGUAGUUUGGUGGGAAGUUCGGUUACUGAAAUGUUUAAUGGCGAAUUUCGGUUUCUCUGUCGCAUGACGGAGGAAACAGAGCGACUUUGCAUCGAAGCUGUAUUCGGAAUAGUAGGAAGAAAUUGGGAUGAAUUUAAUAGGAAAAUGUUUCCCGUCAUUUUGGGCCACUAUCCCGCAGGUGUCGCUGCCAAACAAGUGAAGCAUUUCAUACAAGUCAUCAAAAAUGGACGUUUCGCUCCCUACAGCUACAGUAGCAACAAGAAUUUGGCAAUCUACAAAGAGCAUAUACCACCACGCUACAAUCUUUCACUGGUCACGGUGCCUACAUAUGUAUAUUACUCAACCAACGAUUUACUCUGCCAUCCCGAAGAUGUUGAGGCGAUGUAUAAGGACCUUGGAAAUCCAAUUGGUAAAUACUUAAUACCAAUGCCGGAGUUCAAUCACAUGGAUUUCCUGUGGGCGAUGAAUGUACGAAAGCUGGUCUAUGCGCGCAUGCUACGAGUGUUGGGCAAAAUUAAGGAUCACAAAAAGGCGAAUAACCCGGCAAGCGCAGUCAUCGUGAAUAGUGUUCAGCAGAGCAGGGAAAGGCGGAGGAGAAGAUGAUACUAGAAACCAUUUAGCGCUACCUUUAAAUGUAGAGAUGUACAUAUAUACGAGUAUGUUCGUAUGUUAGGGAUUCCAUUGAAACUCUAGUAUUUAUUCGUAGUUAUUUUAAUAUUUAUUUGUUGUAUAUUUAAG